AUGUCCUCUUCAAAGCGAGUGAAAAUUAGGGCGCCUACGCAGUCGUUAUGCUCGCACGAUUUAGACCUGGAUAGUUCUUGGCCGGUGCUAGAUUCUGCAAUUGACACGAUCUAUGAGGAAAAGCAGUCAGCUAUUUCGUUUGAGAUACACUACAGGAUAGUGUACAGCUUAGUGAUCAGGAAAUAUGGUGAACAACUACUAGGUAAAGUUAAGCAAAAGCUGAGAGAAAGGAUGGAAAUGCUUUAUUGUACCAGGUUUGAGGUUGACUUGGGAUCUAUGGAAUUCUUGAAGCAGGUAGAUGAAACGUGGAAUCAUCAGCGCUCAUGCCUAAAAAUGGUCAGUGAUCUUAUGCUGUAUAUGGAUCGGGAUUUAUCUUGGAGGAGUAUAGAAACGAAUGUCUAUGACCUGGGUAUGGAACUGUUUAGAGAUAUUGUAGUUAAGCCAAUCACUGACAAACUUGUUGAUUCCAUCAUUGAAGAAAUUAAUCGUGCAAGGAAGUCGCUAGAUUGCAUUGAUACUAUAAUGGUCGCUAGGGUUACUAAUAUGAUGAAAGUUCUAUCAGAGCAAAGGGAGACGCUGUAUAAGUUGUACUUUGAACCUAGCCUAUUGAAGGAUGUCAGACGUUACUAUUCUGAAUGGCGGCAAGGUUUCGAUUCGAAUGCCCUUGAAUAUAUUCAAGAAGUUAAGGACUUGCUAAAUCAUGAGCUCUGUGUAUAUGAGCACAUAACUGGCGGGGAAUCUGCUACAAAAGCGCAUAAACUAAUGAAAAUUGUACUAAUAUCCGAAAACAUCAACUUUGUGCUUGAACAUAGUGUCCAUGAUUGUUUUAAGAGAGGUGAUGAAGAUAAUCUCGCUCUAAUAAUAGAUCUAUGUAAGGAUCCAGAAGAUCAGCAGCACUUGUUAGAUGUAUUGUCACGAAGCGUUGUGGAAGACGUAAUGAAGACAAGGGAGGAUAGCUCAGGAAAAAAGAAGACUGAGUCAUCUUUAAUGUGGGUGAAGGGCCUUGUUAAGGUUAAAGAAGACUAUUCUCGUAUAUUUCAGAAACCAGAAUUUAAUCAUGGUCCGUUCCUUAAAACUGUAACUGAUGCCCUUGCAAAGGUCAUAAAUGAGCAGCCGCAAAGGGCCGUCGAAUGUAUCUCAACUACCAUUGAUAGUUUUCUAAGAACUAAUGUGACCCUAGGGAAAGAAUUUCAGUCAUUAAUGCAAGACUGCAUUUCCUUGUUUGUAUUGAUGAGAGAUAAAGAUUUGUUUGAAUUAUACUACAAGCAGCAGCUAUCAAAAAGAUUAAUACAAAAAAGGUCUUCAUUGCCACUAGAGCACUGGAUAAUUAGCAAGAUGACGCAUAAAGUUGGGAUUGAUUUUACGGCUAAACUGGAAGGUAUGUUUAGAGACAUAAACGUUUCACUGGAUUACGAUCGCAAAUUUAAAGCAUCUCAUGAUGAUAUAGACAUUGACUAUCAGGUGGAGGUCCUAACUCCCACGUUUUGGCCAUUCCAGUCGAUAGAAACAUCAAUUCAAGACAUAGUCCUCCCACAAGAGCUAGAUGAGCUCAGAGUUGCGUACGAAAACUUCUAUUUAGGUAACCAUUCUGGACGAACUUUGAAGUGGGCAGGCCACCUGGGGUUUAUGGAAUUAGGUUUUCAUUUUAACACAACUUACCACGAAUUGAGCAUGUCAGUAUACGCGGCUGUUAUUCUGCUCCUAUUCAAUAACUACAGCGAGCUGUCUAUGCAAGAUAUUCAGGAUCUUACCCAUAUUCCAGAACAAGAACUCCUACGUCAGCUCGUUUCGCUGGCAACUGCUCCUAGGUCUCGUAUAUUAAAAAAGAAUCCUCCCACAAAGACUGUGAAGUCAACGGACAAGUUUUCCAUAAACUAUGACUUUACAGCGCCUACCACCAAGGUCAAAGUUACCACCGUAAUACUAAAAAACGAUCCAACAUCCUCUCAAGGAGGACUUAAACCAGCAGCCAAUAAAUCUCUGGAAAAGGAGCUCGAGCACGAUCGUAUUCAGGUGCUCAGUGCUGCGAUAGUAAGGAUUAUGAAGUCAGAGAAGAAACUGCUGAAUAAAGAACUAUACGAGAAGGUGAGCCGGUCCGCUACAAACGUAAACUUCGAAAUCACUAAUCAGCUGUUUGACAAAAGCAUCAGCAACUUGAUCGAAAAAGAGUAUAUGCAAAAGAAUCCCGAAGAUCCUAUGAUGUUCCAUUACUUAUAG